CUUCGUCAACUUCCCAACGGUACGCAGUACGGAUGCGACGGCACUUUUAAUGGAUACACGCGAUACAACCUCCUGUCCAUACUGUGUCUCUUCAAGAGCUCAGAAGAUCUGCCAGCAACGAUGAGAGCGACGUUUGAGAGACUCAACAGUAAGUACAAUAAAGGACUGGUGUGGAGUGAAGAUAUUGCAAGUGAGGCUUUGAUGGAAUCAAAAUCGCGAACCACUGAGGAAUCCUAUUUGAAGCUCGCAGCGAUCAAGACCUUCUGGAAGACUGAUACUAGAACACUGGAAGAAAAGGUGCUAGGAACCUUCGAAAGUCGCUUUGCUGAGAAGGAGACCAAGUCCGCCGUCUCCCAAAUGGCACACUCUAUGGAUGCGAUGGUAUUUUCAGCAAAAAGAGAAAGCACAACGAUCUCAUGUCUCUGUUGUGUGCCUCUACACAAAACUAAAUUUGUCCCACUUUGCUUAUACUCACUAUUUGUGUUUACAAUAAAUAGAGCAAAGGUUUGA